AUGGCCGACAAAAGGAAACUGCAAAGUGACAUUGAAAGGAACCUUAAGAGAGUACAGGAGGGAAGAACUGCCUUUCAGGAAAUACUGGAUAAGUUUGAAAGUACCAAUAAUCCAACUCAAAAAGAAAAGUUUGAAGGCGAUUUAAAAAAAGAAAUUAAGAAACUUCAAAGAUUAAGAGAUCAAAUCAAAACAUGGAUUACAGCUAGUGAAGUAAAAGAUAAGCGACCAUUAUUAGAAGCACGUAAAGAAAUCGAACAGGAUAUGGAACGAUUCAAAGUAAUUGAAAAAGAGACAAAAACCAAAGCUUAUUCCAAAGAAGGUCUAUUAUCAAUUGAAGCGAAAAAAGAUCCAUUACAGAAAGAAAAAGAAGAAUUAGAUGAUUGGUUAAAACAAUGUAUCAGUUCAUUAAAUACACAAACAGAAAAAUAUGAGUUUGAGAUUGAAAACUUAUCAAAUAAUACUAAAAAGAAAAGAAUAGAUAAAGAAACAGCUUCAGCAAUCGAUGAAAAACGUCAACGUUUAGAAAUGUGUUGUUUUCACGUUGAAAAACUUGAAACAAUUAUGCGUUUAUUAGAUAAUGAACGAUUAGAUUGUACAAAAGUUAGAUCUAUUCAAGAGUCUAUUGAAUAUGUGAUCGAUUGUAGUGAUAAUCAGUCUGUGUUUGACUUUAAGAAUAUUUAUGAUGAUUUAUGUUUGGAUGAGUUAGGUGAUUCUACUGGAAUAACUGCAGCAUCAGGCACUGCAACAGGAAAUCAAGAGCAUGAUUUAAAUGGUGUAAUAACCCCUGGUGCUACCUUGGUAAAUCAACGAGUAGGGAGUGAUGAUGCUGGCUCUUCAACUUCAACUCAUACAAGUGCAUCAAAUAAUACAGAUUCGUCUGUCACUCAUCCUGGGUCAUCAGCUUCCUCCAAUGCGUCUUCUUCCCGAGAACGUGCUAAAAGUGAUGAUAAAGUCUCCUUGUUACCACAUGUAUCCGCUUCUUCUACUAGUACACCUAUAAAAUCUUCAAAUACACCAGGUUCUUCGAGUAAACAAAAACCUGCUGCUUUAAUUAACCAAACUGCUCCUGCUCUUAUGUCCCAAGUUGUUGCUGGCACUCCUAAUAAGUCUGGGAAGUUGAACGCAAAUAAUCAUUCGACAUCAAAUAGUAUAACAAUCGUUUCUGAGAUGGGCCCGAUCAAAUCCUCUAGUACUCUAGAUUCUCAGGUUGUUGUUGAAGACCUUUCUCGAAACCAGAAGAACGAAACCAAUCAGAAACAUAAUGACCGUCCCAAUACAGUUACAACAAAUCCUCAGUUACAAUCACAAAUAAAAAAUGGCCCCAGUGAUGAUAGCAAUUCAUUAACACCUUCCUCCUCUGUUUCAGGAAUAAAUUCAACAUCUACAGUACCUAGUCUUGCAUUUUCUGCCUCUCAUGUAAAGGAAGAUUCCUCUGUGAUCAACGGUCGAGAAGAAUUACUUGCUCCAUGUCAACCGUCGUGUGUUCCCAACUCAAUAAAUUCUUCAUCGCCCAUUCCACUCCGAAGUAUGUCAUCUGAUGUUAGCAAGACUUCAGGUGUUACUAAUGCUUACAACAAUUCGAUGCUUUCCACUUCUACAGAUGAAAGCCCUGAAAACGUUAAUCGUACUCCUCCCAGUCUAUAUUCAACGGCUAUGCUAGCUGCUUCUCAGGAUAAACAAUUGUCAUCCCUACUCGCCUGCUCUCAGCAUCCAUCUUUAGGACGUGCAGGUUCCAAUGUUGCUAUGGAUCCGUCACUUUCUACAAUUUCCUUGUCUAGUAAAUUUCAUUCAACAUCUAGUGUUUCAUCUUUACCACUUCCUUCAACUAUCAUAUCUACAAGCAAUCCUCAAGUACAGUCCUCUUAUUUAGGACUAGACAGCCAACUAACCAGUAUACAACCAUCUUUACAUUCUCAACAAAUGAAAAAUCAGAAUAGUCCUGUUCAUGCUCAUAUGCAUCCACGUGAUGCUGCUGCUCCUUUCCGUAACAGAAAUCUAGACAAACCCAAAGGAGCUGUACCACAAGAGCUUCUAUUACAACUUCAAGCAUUAGAAAGUGGUUAUCGUCGUUUACCUCAUUCAUGUGAUACAGAAAAAUCUCGUAUGAUUAUCUGUAAAAAUACAAUCAAUUGUCCAAUCUAUUAUCCACGUGAACCUAUAAUUGGUACAGAUAAUGAAGAAUAUUAUAUGAAAUUAGAUGCUCAAACAUUAUUUUUUAUAUUCUAUUAUUUUGAAGGUACUAAAGCUCAAUAUUAUGCUGCUAAAGCAUUAAAACGUAUGUCAUGGAGAUUUCAUACAAAAUUUAUGAUGUGGUUUCAACGACAUGAAGAACCAAAACAAAUUACCGAUGAAUAUGAAUCUGGUUCUUAUAUUUAUUAUGAUUAUAGAACAAUGAGACAACGUAAAAAAGAAGAAUUUAUGUUUCAUUAUAGUUUUUUAGAAGAUAAAGACUUUUAA